CGCGCUAAUCAUAACAACGUCGACAACGUCGCCUGCAGCUGCAGCGGCUGCAGCUGGCAUGCAGCAUGUAUUGACUUUACCGUGAUUUACUCGCUCACCCAGUGCCUCAUAAAGUUAUUUUACUCUGCGAGUUGGUCGCAGCUGCGUUGAUUCUGCGGGAGCGGCUGGAACUAAAAAAAUGAGUGAGUCUGAGAAGACGCCGGCGGAGCUGUUGGCCGAAAUUCGGUCGAAAGACGAGGAAAUCUGCCGGUUGAAGAGUCAACUUGCCCAGAAAAAGGGCACAGGACAAGCAGGUGGCCUGACAAAAGAGGAUGUCGCACGGUACAGCCGACAGAUGAUCCUGCCAGGCUUUGGAGUGGCUGGCCAGAAAGCUCUGAAAGCGGCGUCCGUGCUCAUAGUGGGCGCCGGCGGACUAGGGUGCCCCUGUGCCGCGUACUUGGCUGCUGCCGGUGUGGGGAAGAUCGGAUUGCUGGACUAUGACGUGGUGGAAAGCAGUAACCUUCAUCGGCAGAUACUACACUCAGAGGCAAAGCUGGGGAUGGCCAAAGUUGACUCCCUCACUGUAGCGCUCAGGCAGCUCAACUCGCAGCCAGAGUAUGUCCGUCACAACAGUGUUUUGGACAGCAGCAAUGCCCUGCAGAUUCUUCGAGGGUACCAGGUAGUAGUCGAUGCGAGUGACAACGUGGCGACGCGCUACCUGGUGAGCGACGCGUGCGUGUGUCUGGGAAUCCCGCUGGUGUCGGGCAGCGCACUCCGUUGGGAGGGGCAGCUCUGCGUGUACAACUUCAAUGGCGGCCCCUGCUACCGCUGCCUUUUCCCCCAACCUCCGCCGAGGGCGACGGUGGACAACUGCUCCGACGGCGGCGUCCUUGGAAUGGUUCCAGGCAUCAUAGGAAGCCUACAGGCCCUUGAAGUGGUGAAAAUUCUGACUGGCUGUGGAGACGUGUGUUCCGGUCGUCUGCUACUCCUGGACGGAAGCGCGGGGGUCGUGCGGCGAGUGGCGCUCCGGGGCAGGUCAGCCAACUGCGAGGCCUGCCGGAAUCCGUCGUCUGCUCCGUUGCAGAUGGACUACGCUGCCUGGUGCGGGUCGGGUCCCACCGACAAGGCAUGCAGCAUCUCUGUCUUACCCCAGGAGCAACGGAUCUCCUGCAAGGAGCUGAAAGAGCGGCUUUCAGACGAGAGUCCGCCCGUGGUGGUGGACGUGCGGCCCGAGGUUCAGUUCGAGAUGUGCCACAUCCCCGGAAGCACGAACGUCCCUCUGGAGUGCCUGGAGGAAGGGGCAAUUGCUGUGGUUGAAAAACUUCGCGAGAGCGGCUCCAAAGAAGUGCUCGUCGUGUGCCGCAGGGGCAACGAUUCGCAGCUGGCGGUACAGAAGCUGCAGAAACUCCUGGGAGACCACGGCGACGUGACCUGCACCGUCCGCGACAUUCAAGGCGGCCUCGAAUCUUGGGCCCAGACGGUGGAUCCAAGUUUUCCGACGUACUGAACGAGACGCUUGUCUAACGAACUACGCUCUAAGGAGUCUGGAGCGUCCGCAAACCCGCAAAGCAGUCGGGAAGGUCAAUCACUGCAAUCUACGGAUGGAGCUCGGCGAACGAUGAGACUGUUUAUACGUCUAAGCCUAAAAGAGAGUCUGCACUCUGGUGCCGAGCACGAUGUUUCAGCGCAGACUGUUUCAUGAGGUUUAAACGUAUCACAAGCCUCGUCAUUUGUCUAGCCCUCUGCGCAGAUUGCAGCGACUGGCUGUUUUAAGAACGUUGUGGGAAAGUAAACACUCCAGAUUUCUUAGUGUGUGUUCAGUACCGUGGGUCGUGUGAAAAGGAUACACUGCAUUUUCGCAUUAAACGUUGCCCAGACCCUUUU